AUGGCUCUUCUCUGCUUCAAUUCUCUCCCUUCUCUCUCUUCUUCUUCUUCUCCUUCUCCGCGCUCUCAACCUUCGCAUUUCGCUUCACCAGUUUUGAGCCUUAAAGCCAACGCCGUCGAGUCUAAGAACAGAGUGUCUCUCAACUUGAGCAUUAGCCAUGGAAGAGCAGCAUUUGUGAAGUUGGCUGCUUCUGGUGUGGACGGGGUUGAGCCCGAGAGCAAUGAGGAACCCAAGCCUGCCGUCGCUGCUGCUGUUCCAGUGGACAAACUACCAUUGGAGUCGAAAGAAGCUAAAGAGAAACUACUCCUGGAACUUAGGUUGAAGAUGAAGUUGGCCAAGAAGAUUAGGCUUCGCAGGAAGCGUCUGGUUCGUAAGCGUAAGAUGAGGAAGAAGGGUCGAUGGCCACCUUCCAAGAUGAAGAAGAACAAGAAUGUGUAG